UGAUUUAUAAUACAAGUGAAGGAAUAACGUAGCAAAAAUAACGUUGACUAUAAGCAGUUACAGGAAGCUAUGAAAUGUUAUAGAUUUGGUUGUAUUCACAUUGCAAAAUAUGCAGGUCUAUUACAUUUGUUUGGUUACAUGGGCCGUAUUCGAAAGCGUUAUUUCAACAUCGUGUUUAUUUGGAUGGGCUCAACUGUUGGAAAUACUUCAUAGCGAACAUUAUUUCGCGUCUUAUUGUGAAACUAAUGAGGCUGAUUCUAACAAAACUAUUUCACAAUUAAAAAACAGUAAUUCUUCCAUCGGCGACGAUGUCAGUGACACUUGUGCAAGACAAGACAGUCUUCUUAUAUUGGCCUAUACAUUAUCUGCUUUCGCAGGUUCUGUCUCAAUAUUUUUCGGUGGAAAGUUUUUGGAUGUUUUUGGCUUUACAAAGACAAGAGUAUUAACAUGCUUCAUCUAUUUACUUGCUGGUGGAACGAUGUUUAUGUCAACAUAUGAUUUACAUGAAUUGCUCUUUCCUGGUUUACUUCUAACUGUAAUUGGUGGAGGAUUUUUUAUGGCAGUUUUAGUCAAGGUUUGUGGUGUUCUUCCUCAACGACGUUAUAUGGCCGUCAGUAUUAUAAAUGGAGCAAUUGAUUCAUCAGCAGUUGUCCUCCUUGUAUUCAAGUUGUGUUUCAAUGCUGGGGUUUCGUUCAGAAGCAUAAUCAUCGUUUACUAUGUCUUUGUCUUUGGUCAAGGCAUUUUGUUCACGUUUACGAUAUUUCCUAAAGAUCUGCCAGUGCCGGAAGACACUGAAGAAGAUGUUAGGGAAAGCAACAGCUCUAAAAAUGAAAAUCCAGAACAGUUUACAUGUGAAAAUGCCUUUAUAUCUCGUGAAGUACAGGAAAACGACAAAGAACAGAUUCAAGACAAAACAAGCCUCUACUCGAUAAUCAAAAGUACCAAGUUUGUGAUGCACACAUCUUUUGUUUCCAUCGCCAGUUUACGCUCCUUUUCUGUUAUUGGAAUGAUCAACUCCUUGUUAAGACGUCUGGCGGAUGAUUUUGAGGAAGUUGAUUACUAUCUCACAAUUCUUGGAAUUAUUCAAUUUUGUGGAAUUAUUCUCUCUUUUGUUCCUGGAUUUCUUCUUGAUUGGGCUCCAGCUGGAAGACAUCGAAACUUUUCAAUUAUUUUGUCUUUCAUACUCACGGGAUUGAUUUCAAUUCUUUUGACUGUUGGUCUUUUGAUACCAGUUCUUGAAUUUCAGGAAAUUGCAAACCAGAAAGCUUAG